ACGAACGGACGGCGUGUCAUGGACAGAUAGCGGCUCCAUGCCCACCAUUUCAUCUCUUUAUCCUCGAAAACGCUCCAAAAAUUUCACCUACAAGAGCGCGAUUCUUCCCUGCCAUCGAAUUAUCCAGGAGCAGUGGGUGGCCCCAUGAAAUUCUUGGUCAGACCCAGCUACAGUCAGCAUCUAUCUUCAACCGCCAUGGCAAUGUCCUCGAGCUUUUGCCCUCAGCUUCCAUGCCAAUUCGGAACUAGACCCAUUUUCUACUCCCCCGCGAAAUCGCCGUUCACUCUGUCUUUCAAGGCUUUCGCUUCUCAAGCAUCCAUUGCUUCUUCUGGUAAAGAAGACCUGCGUGUCGGCUUCCUUGGGCUUGGAAUCAUGGGUGCACCAAUGGCACAAAAUCUUAUAAAAUCUGGUUGUGAUGUGACUGUUUGGAAUAGAACCAGGAGCAAAUGUGAUCCUCUCAUCAAUUUGGGUGCGAAAUACCAGUCUUCUCCUCAGGAAGUGGCAGCAUCUUGUGAUAUCACAUUUGCAAUGCUUGCUGAUCCUAAGAGUGCACUGGAUGUUGCUUGCGCUGAAAAUGGAGCUGCAAGUGGCAUGGCUCUGGGAAAGGGGUAUGUGGAUGUCUCAACAGUUGAUGAUGCUACCUCCAAGUUGAUCAGUGCACGUAUAAAAGAUACCGGAGCUUUGUUUUUGGAGGCUCCUGUUUCGGGUUCCAAAAAGCCAGCAGAGGAUGGACAGCUGAUAUUUCUUACUGCAGGUGACAAAUCUCUGUAUGAAACAGUUGCUCCAUUUCUGGACAUCAUGGGAAAGUCGAGAUUUUAUCUUGGUGAUGUUGGAAAUGGAGCUGCCAUGAAACUAGUAGUCAACAUGAUCAUGGGAAGCAUGAUGGCAGCUUUUUCUGAAGGAAUGCUUCUCAGCGAAAAAGUAGGACUCGACCCAAGCGUCCUCAUAGAGGUAGUUUCUCAGGGUGCCAUUAGUGCACCAAUGUACUCAACCAAAGGUCCAUCAAUGAUCAAAUCGUAUUACCCCACUGCCUUUCCCUUGAAACAUCAGCAGAAGGAUCUGAGGCUUGCUCUGGGUUUGGCAGAAUCUGUAUCUCAAUCCACACCUAUUGCUGCUGCUGCAAAUGAACUGUACAAGGUAGCCAAAUCUCAUGGACUUAGUGAUCAGGAUUUUUCAGCUGUCAUUGAAGCUUUGAAAUCAAAGUUGCAGCAAUAAUUGCAAUAGCUGUUAGUUUGAACUUUUUUUUCCACCAGUUGAAUUUGUAACUUAUGUGGAUGGUGAUUUGAGAAAUGGGCCCUUUCGUUUUGGCUCACAAUAUUUUAUUUGUUCAUUCUGAGAGCACCAUUUUUAUAUAAAUGAAGAAAGUUGGUUGGUUAAGAUACCUCUGCCCUAUUA